AGCCAUGGAUGCCUUGUCCUCCUCUUUCCUCUCCACAUUUCCCACCCAACCCUCCACAACAGCCCCAAAACUCAAAUCCCUCACCAUCUCCUCUGUUAGAAUCGAAGACAGACCCACAACCCAAACCCCUCCCAAAACACCACCACCACCACUACAACCCAAGCACACUGCUGCUACUACUAAGACUACUCCUUCUUCUCCAUCCUACUCCUCCCCACCACCCACAAAACCUAAUCCAACAACACUCCCGGCUGCCAUCUUCAACCUUUUCGACGACUUCAUCAACACCUUCGUCGACCCUCCCAUCCGCCCUUCCGUCGACCCCAAACACGUCCUCACCGGCAACUUCGCUCCCAUCACCGAACUCCCACCAACCGAGUGUGACGUCAUCCACGGCUCAUUACCCUCCUGCCUCGACGGCGCUUACAUCCGCAACGGCCCAAACCCUCAGUACCUCCCGCGCGGGCCCUACCACCUCUUCGACGGCGACGGCAUGCUCCACUCCCUCAGAGUCUCCCAAGGCCGCGCCGUCCUCUGCAGCCGCUACGUCAAGACGUAUAAAUACACCGUCGAGCGCGACGCCGGCUUCCCUCUCCUCCCCAACGUCUUCUCCGGCUUCAACGGCCUAACCGCCUCCGCGACACGUGGCGCGCUCUCAGCUGCCCGCGUGGCGUCCGGGAUGUACAACCCCGCCAACGGCAUUGGCAACGCCAACACCAGCCUCGCGUUCUUCGGCGGCAAGCUCUACGCGCUCGGCGAGUCUGACCUGCCUUACGCCGUCCGUUUGACCGCCGGCGGCGACGUCGAGACCGUCGGACGGGAGGACUUUAACGGCGAGCUGUUCAUGAGCAUGACGGCGCAUCCGAAGGUGGACCCCGACACCGGCGAGGCCUUCGCUUUCCGUUACGGACCGGUUCCGCCGUAUCUGACCUACUUCCGGUUCGAUCCCGCCGGAUCUAAACAGAAAGACGUGCCGGUGUUCUCCAUGAAAAGUCCUUCUCUGCUGCACGACUUCGCGAUCACGAAGAAGUACGCGGUGUUCGCCGACAUCCAGAUCGGGAUGAACCCGAUGGAGAUGAUCGGCGGCGGGUCUCCGGUGGGGCUGGACGCGUCGAAAGUGUCCAGAGUCGGGAUAAUCCCGAAAUACGCGGCUGACGAUUCGGAGAUGAGGUGGUUUGAGGUCCCCGGGUUCAACAUUAUGCACGCGGUGAACGCGUGGGACGAAGACGACGCCGUCGUGAUGGUGGCGCCGAACAUCUUAUCGGCGGAGCACACGCUCGAGAGAAUGGGGCUCGUCCACGCGCUCGUCGAGAAAGUGAGGAUCGAUCUCAAGACCGGGAUCGUAACCCGGCAACCGAUCUCGACUCGGAAUCUGGACUUCGCGGUGAUCAACCCGGCUUACCAGGGGAAGAAGAACCGGUUCGUCUACGCGGCAGUCGGCGAUCCGAUGCCGAAGAUCUCGGGAGUGGUGAAGCUCGACGUGUCGGGCUGUGAGCAUAAGGAGAGCAUAGUGGCGAGCAGGAUGUACGGUGAGGAUUGCUUCGGGGGAGAGCCGUUUUUCGUGGCGAGGGAGCCGGGGAAUCCGGAGGCGGAGGAGGACGACGGGUAUUUGGUGUCGUAUGUUCAUAAUGAGAAGACGGGAGAGUCGAGGUUUUUGGUGAUGGACGCCAUGUCGUCUGAGCUGGACAUCGUGGCGGCCGUGAAGCUGCCCCGGCGAGUGCCGUACGGUUUUCACGGGCUGUUUGUGAGGGAAAGUGACCUGAACAAGUUGUAGGUUACGGCGUUUAAUCACCGCAUACACUUGUGAAUUGUGACUAUGUUGUAUAUAAUUACAGAGUAAAGUUUUUAUUAUUAUAUUUGUUACAUUACAUUCCUGACCAAGAUAGGAUAUUGUUGGAUUGUGAUGAACUCAUAAAAUAUGUUAGGGUUUGCAUGUUCUUGUUACGUAUGAAAUUUACGUAAAUUGAACGACUAAAUUGCAUUAUAGAUUGAAGGAGACAUUUUCAAGUUUCUUCAAAGAUUG